AUGCCGCUUACACCGCCAACCUCGUCCCUCCCUCCCCUCAAGCAGCUCGCAUCACUGUCAUUAAAGCAAGUGGCCGGAGUCGUGGAUAACCUGCGCUCCAUUUACUGCCCUCCGGCGUUAUCGGCCCUGCCCAAGCCCAAGGCCUUGCCCAAGCACCUCGUCCACGACAUGUCCGUACCCGAUCCGGACGACGACGAAGACGCACCCUUCGACGUGGAUGUCCUCCGUGCCGAUUCCUUCGAACGGGAGUUCGCGAUCCGCUGGCUCACCAGCUUUGCCGCCCGCUCCGACAUGUGGGCUUACGCGCCCGAAUGCUCUGAGGCGGAGUCGGAGGCGCGUGCGGCCGUCGUCGACGCCGCGACCUCCAUCCUCUCGUCCUUCGCCGGAGAUGACGAAGAAGAGGAGCUCACACGGACGUUCACGUUCCCCACCCGCCACGUGCACCGCAACUCUGCCUCCGAGGUGGCCAUCCACAUCGAGCUGAAUGAUGCCCCGCUCCUCAGCGACGACCAUACCUCGGUCGGCCUUCAGAGCUGGGGCAGCUCUAUUCGCCUCGCGGAGCGCAUGGCGCUGGACCCCGUCGUGUAUGGCCUUGCGCCCGACGGGCCUCUACGGCUAUUAGAACUCGGUGCGGGAACCGGCCUGCUCAGCAUCGCGGCGGCGAAGCUUCUCCAUCUGUCAGACACGCCCUCCACCAUCGUCGCGACAGACUACCACCCAUCGGUGCUCGAUAACCUUCGCCGGAACGUCGCCACCAACUUCCCCUCCUCCACAGCCUGUCCGAUGGAGGUCCGCCUCCUCGACUGGCAGCACCCCGCGUACACGGCUCCCUCAACUCUCCCUUCGACGUCAUUCUCGCCGCAGACGUCAUCUACCAUCCGGAUCACGCCCUAUGGAUCAAGAUGCGGGAUGUUCUGGCUCAUCGUACCCCUUCGACCGACGGGGAGACAUGAAGGCAUGAGCAAUACCGUCGACGCUGUCUUUGCGCAUACGCCGGACGCGAAGGGUGGAGACUCGGUACUGGCGAUCUUAUCAAUUGAGGAGAUGCGGAAGCAGGAUGGCAUAGGGAGGGCGGACGAGGGCGGAUACAAGCUUUACAGGAUUGGCUGGUUGUAA